GAGGAAAAUGCCGCGCAACAAAGACGAGGCUGCAGCGGUUCGCGUGUAUACUGUUUGUGAUGAAUCCAAGUAUUUGAUUGUGAGGAAUGUUCCGGCAUUAGGUUGUGGUGAUGAACUGCGGAAAUUGUUCGGAGGAUACGGUGAAAUUGAUGAAUUUAUACCACUGGAUGAUGAGGAUUGUGAGCCAUUUACUGAUGUUUAUUGGAUCAAGUUUCAUCAGGUCAACAAUGCUAGGUUUGCAAAAAGGAAGUUGGACGAAUCAGUUUUCAUUGGAAAUCGGCUUCAAGUCUCAUAUGCACCACAAUAUGAGAGCCUUAGUGACACCAAGGAGAAGUUGGAAGGCAGAAGAUUGGAAGUUCUAGCUAGACUUAACCCCGGAAGAUCCAAAAGUUCUACAGUGCCCAGUGCAGUUUCUUCUAGCCACUCUAUAUUACUUACAACUCCGUCUCAGACCAAUUUCAUAUCCCAGCCAUCAAAUAUUCAACAGAGCGACCCACUAGAGCCACAGCCCCAACAUUUUACUUCAACGGUUUCUUCUAAUCAGGAUUAUUUUCCAUCAGAGUCGAUGAAUCAGACAGUUCGGUUGGUCAGGGAAAAACUUAACAAGAUCGAGUCGGAUGCAGAGACUUUGAAAGCGGGGUCUUCUAAGAGAGCACGAACUGACAAUAGAAGAAGAAUCUAAUAGCCAUUAGCUCAUUUGUUGAACUUCUUUUGGGAUGCCAAUCUAGAGGUUCACAUCCUAUUUUUCUCAGAAGUUAGCUUCAACCGACCAUGAUGUGCCUACUAUUAUCAGGUUGCUAUUGUUGUAAAUAUUUAGUAGAUUGGUGAUUCCUUCUUUUCUGAACUUGAAGCUGGGCAUGCUUUUGACGAGACUGCAGUGCUUGUGUAAAGCAUUUAAUGGGGAUUACGGAGACGCUGCAAUGGGAAGCUCCGAUAAGCCGGUUUAAAAUGGUUGAACUUAGUUUCAUUUGGUAAAAGAUUUAGUUUUUCGUCAGAGAUCUCUUGUGUAGCCAUUAUCAAAGAAGAUGAAGUUAUACUUGCAAAAGUCAAACAAUUGAUGGAGAUUUGAAGUGGUUCCCCAUAUUUGAAUUCAUUGUUUGUCUUAAGGUUCAAGUUGAAAUAGGUUAAGAAGAUAAGAGGCAAAAGACCACUUAAGGGGAUAUGCUAGUUUUUUUUCAUGGGCUGCAGCCUCAACAGGAAUCCAUGGCAUUAGCUGUUGUCAUGAUUACAGCCGACUCAUUGAAAGGCAUAUCAAAGUAGCUCCAUGCUGUAGCAUACUUGAAGGAAAAAUAUCAAUCUCGAAAGAGGUACAUGAACCCCUUUGGUCCUUGGUUUAUAUGCAUCUGGAUUUGCAUAUAAUAGCCUAGUAGCAAGGAUUAAAUAGUUCAACCUGGUUAGAUUGGAUAUCUAUUUUAUUUGAAUGGUUUUCUUGGUUAUAUCUAGUUCAUAUGAGCAUAUAACUUUAGUUAUCAUUAACUUGCUUCAAUUGUUCGAAUAUAUUCACCUUUAGGAGAAUUUCUAGUCAUACAAGCAACAAAACUUGCUCUAAUUAAUCAUAUCUUAAACCAAACUUUUUUUUACUAUUAGCUUGCUUCAAUGGUUUCCUUGGACCAAACUUUUUUUUUAUCAUGCUGUGUAAAUUCAUUCAAGUAAUUUGCUCAUAUUAGAUCAUCUUUAGGGCGCGUUUGGUAUGCGGGACAGGACAAGACAAGACAAAACAAAAAUCUGUUGCCUCACGUUUGGUGCGACAAUAGACCGGGAAAUGCAUCUUUUGUCCAACCAAAAUAGGUGGAACGAAACCCGGGAAUUGACAAGAUUUGUAAAUUACUAAACUACCCAUAUCAAAUUAAAACCCUAAAACCUUUCACAAUUAUUUCACCAGCCUAUCUUACUCUCACCGGUUUGGUCUUGUCUGCAUACCAAAUGCACCCUUGAUGUUGGUGUGUAUAGGUUUCUUCCUUUGAAUGGAAUAAUGGAUUGGGGAGAGACGUGCAACCUCUACCUUGUAUUACUUUUGUAAAGAAACUAUAUUGCUAGAGUAUGUGAGCUUAAUUAGUCAAUCACUCCACCUUAGCUUGGAUUAGGGGGGGAAUAAGUAAUGGUCUGUUUGGUUGGUUUUCCAUUAAGUCUUGUAUGGAUAAAGUUGUCUCUGUGGAUUAAUCUAUCUGUAUAGAUUGGAAAUGUUUUCGUUUGGGAGGAAUUUUCCAUAGAUGG